UUCUCUUCACAUCCACAUACCCACCGUGUCAACUCUAUUUCAAACACACGACUCGACCAAAUAAAACGCCACCGUUUUGCUCGUUUUUCUUUUAUUAUUUAUUUUUUUAACAUGGCCGAUGAUACUAUUAAUAACAGUUGCAAGAAACGAGUUCGUGAUGACUCGGACGAGUCGGAACUUGAAUCGCCCGAGGCGAAGCGACUCAGAGACGAUUUACUCGAGUUUUUGAACGAUUCCGAUCCAACUCCUUCAACUCAGGAACUUGACUCAGUCAUGAAGAGCUUACAAGAAGAGAUCUCUGCAUCUUCUUCUCCUCCUUCUUCUCUCCGUUUGACAUCAGAUUCCGGUGAGUCUCAGGCUCAGAUCGGGUACUUAUUGGAAGCUUCCGACGAUGAACUCGGGCUUCCCCCGCCGGGAAAUCCAUCGGUUCAGGAAGGGAAGAAAGAGGAAACUGAGUUGGGACGAGUUUUGUCUGACUCGUCUGGAAUCGGUGAGUUAUGGGAGUUUGAGAAUCAGAUCCUGAGUUAUGACUCGUUCGAGUUAGGAACCGGAUUUGGAAGUUAUGAGAAUAUUACUGAAAACGCUGCGUUUGAUGGAAUUUUUAACUAUUCCGAUGUGUAUUAUGACACCAACGAUUUUUCUGAUCCGUGGCGGCACGGAACCUUGCCGGCACAAUAGAUUUAAUGAGACAAAAAAAAAGGGGAAAAAACAUUUUCCUAAAUCAUUCUGUCAAAUGGAAUUUUAAUUUAAUUUCUUAGACAUGUAAAUUUUUUUUUCUUCUUUUAUCACCUUUUUUGUUUCCUUUUUUUUCAUAAAGAAAAGGGAAUUAUAGGGUAUAAAUUGAUGAAGCUAUGAAUCAUGGAAAAUAUAUUGUCAAAAAAAAAGGAAGAAUCAUGGGACAAGAACAUGCGUUCUGACAUGGUGAUGCAAACUUUUAUUUAUUUCUUUCUUUUUUCUUGGUGUCUGAAAUUCAGAUUGUGAGCAUCUCAAAUGCAAAGAUGAUCAAGAACCAUAUUUGUUGUUCUUAUGUUUUUUUCUUGUGGGCCCAAAAACAUGACAUCAAAUUUAGAAUA